AAAAGAAAAAGUAUAAAGUUUCUGUAAUAAAUCUUUUAAAAAUUUACAAGCUGAUCCAUUUGCAUUUUGUUAGAUUUUCCUUAAUUUUUUUAGCUCCCGCCAAUUCUAAUUGUAUAUAAAUAUAAACUAUUAAAUUUUUCCAUUGUUCUAACAUUCUUUAAUGGCAACUUCACCAGCUGAUUUUUAUGCAUUUCUUCUUCAAACAACCCUCAAAUCCAAGGACCCAUCAUUAACAGGCAAAUCAAUCCAUGCCCAAAUUAUCAAAUUAGGCCUCAACUUUAGUAGUAUAUACUUGAUGAACAAUCUCAUUAAUUUAUAUUCGAAAUGUGGGUACAUGGUUGAUGCACACAUUCUGUUUGAUGAAAUGCCUGUGAAGAAUACAUUCUCAUGGAAUACAGUUCUCACUGGGUACGCAAAAUUAGGCAAAUUAGCCGAAGCACAUUGCGUUUUUGAUGAAUUACCUGAGCGUGAUUCUGUUUCUUGGACUACAAUGAUUGUGGGUUAUAAUCAAACAGGUCGUUUCGACAGUGCGAUAAAGAUGUUUAUAGCUAUGGUGAAGGAUCGAAUUUCGCCUACCGAAUAUACCAUUACUAAUGUACUUUCUUCUUGUGCUGCUCUUGGGAGUUUAGGUUUAUGUAAAAAGGUUCAUUCUUUUGUUGUUAAAUUAGGACUUGGUGGGUGUGUUCCUGUUGCUAAUUCACUUCUUAAUACGUAUGCAAAGGCGGGAGAUUUUGCUAUGGCGAAAAUGGUUUUUGAUAGGAUGAGAUUGAGGAGUAUUUCGAGUUGGAAUAUUAUGUUAUCCUUGCAUAUGAAUCGCGGGAGAGUUGACUUGGCUCUUGCUCAGUUUCUACAAAUGAGUGAAAGGGAUAUAGUUACUUGGAAUUCGAUGAUUGCGGGAUAUCAUCAGCAUGGUUUUGAUAAGGAAGCACUAGAAUUCUUCUCUAGAAUGUUGGAAGAUUCUUCUUUGAAACCUGAUAGGUUUACUUUAGCCAGUAUUUUAUCAGCCUGUGCAAAUCUUGAGAACUUGAAUCUUGGGAAGCAAAUUCAUACUUACCUAAUCAGGAUGGAGUUUGAUAUAUCGGGGGCAGUGGAAAAUUCUUUGAUCUCAAUGUAUGGAAAGACCGGAGGAAUUGAAAUUGCUCAGAAGAUUGUAAAGCAAAGCGGGAUUUCAGAUCUUGAUGUUAUAGCAUUUACAGCCCUAUUGGAUGGUUAUGUCAAGCUUGGGAAUAUAACCCCAGCCAGACAUAUUUUUGACUCAUUGAGGGAACGUGAUGUAGUUGCAUGGACGGCUAUGAUAGUAGGUUAUGUACAGAAUGACUUGAGUGAUGAUGCCGUGAAGCUUUUCAGAAUAAUGGCUACAGAAGGACCCCGGCCAAACAGUUAUACACUAGCAGCCAUGUUGAGUGUCAUUUCAAGUGUGGCUUCCUUGAAUCACGGAAAACAAAUUCAUGCAAGCGCGAUAAAAUCAAAAGAAGAUUCAUCAGUUUCUGUAGGUAAUGCAUUGAUUACGAUGUAUGCAAAAGCUGGAAGUAUCAGCAGUGCCCAAAAUGUAUUUAACCUCAUUAGUCGGCACAAGGAAACUAUCUCUUGGACUUCUAUGAUUGUAGCUUUAGCUCAACAUGGUCUUGGACAAGAAGCAAUAGAGCUGUUUGAAAAGAUGUUGGCAGUUGGUAUUGAGCCUGAUCACAUAACUUAUGUAGGAGUGCUCUCUGCUUGCACACAUGUAGGAUUGGUAGAGCAGGGCAAGAGCUACUUCAAUUUGAUGACUAGUGUACAUAAAAUCGAGCCAACUCUGAGCCAUUAUGCGUGCAUGGUUGACCUGCUUGGGCGUGCUGGGUUGCUGCAAGAAGCAUUUAAGUUUAUAGAGAACAUGCCUGUUGAACCAGAUGUUAUAGCUUGGGGUUCACUGUUAUCUUCUUGUAAGGUUUAUAAAAAUGCUGAUCUGGCAAAAGUUGCAGCAGAGAGACUGCUUUGCAUUGAGCCGGACAACAGUGGGGCAUACUCUGCCCUUGCGAAUGUAUAUUCAGCUUGUGGAAGAUGGCGAGAAGCUGCUGAAAUUAGAAAGUUAAUGAAAGAUAGAGGAGUAAAGAAAGAGCAAGGUUUUAGUUGGAUACAGAUUCAAAACAAAGCACAUAUCUUCGGAGCUGACGAUGGGCUACACCCUCAGAAAGACAAAAUCUAUAAAACGAUGGACAAGAUCUGGAAGGAGAUUAAAAAGAUGGGGUUUGUUCCAGACACUCAAUCUGUAUUGCAUGACCUUGAUAUAGAGGUGAAGGAUCAGAUUCUUAGAUAUCACAGUGAGAAACUGGCCAUUGCAUUUGGGCUAAUAAGUACCCCAGAAAACACUACAUUGAGGAUAAUGAAGAAUCUCAGAGUCUGUAAUGAUUGUCAUACAGCUAUCAAAUUUAUUUCCAAGCUUAUGGGUAGAGAAAUCAUCGUGAGAGAUGUUACUCGUUUUCAUCAUUUUAAGGAUGGCUCCUGUUCUUGCCGUGACUAUUGGUGAUUUCUUAUAACUACACCGAUGAAUUUCUCGAGAAACAAUACAAGUUUUUGGGUCCCUCUCUUCUACUACAAUCAAAAUCCUCUUGAUUUCUUGUAUGCUCUUAUGGAGCAAAGCAAGUCUCCCAGAAUGCUACAAGUACAACCAUCUACUUGUUUAAUGCUAUUGCUGAUUUUGGUGGGCAUUAGCUGAGUAGAUGCCAGGAAAUUUUCAGGACAUACAGAUUCAGAAGCAAAUGGAUGAGCAGUGCUGAUGGCAGAUUAUGAAGUGGUGACCUUGAAAUAAAUGUCCUUGACAAGGGUGCUUCAUUCUGGAAAUUGAACUACAAUUGAACUUAUACACACAUGGAUCCAACAGGUCUGUUUAUCUACUUUAGCUUCUUUCAAUUAAUCCACAGUUCUUCAUGUAGAAUGUCUUUUCUGCAAAUAUCUUCUUUGUUUUAUUCUUUUAAUCCAAAUUAUAUUUUAUGAAAUUAAAAUAACAUAAAUAAAGGAAUGGCUACCGUCAACGGAAAAAUUAAACUAUUGACGACUGCUGAAGAAAUAAUUAAAAAAAAAACUCUAGGCCGCUAGGAUUGUUUUAGAGAGAAAAGAUAAUUUUUUUAGGGCCCCUUUGGAAUGAAUGAAUUCCAUAAAAUUAUGUGGAAUUCAUUUGUAAUUCUAAUUUUUUGUGUUUGGAAUAAAUGAACCUAUUAAAACAAUUCUUGAAAUUGAAAUUCUGGAAUUGGUUUUAAUUAUAAUUUGAGGAAUUGCAAAUCCAACUAAAAUAGGUGGAAUUUG